UUUCCAUUGCCAAUUUGCUAGCUGCCAUUUUAACCAUCAAAACCAAACCCGCAAAAGCGUUCUCCUUCGUCUCCGUCGUUGUUUCUGUACCGGCUAGCCUUUUUCCCUCGUUUCUUGUAUGAUCUUCGAUUUCUGAAAGACAUGAAUAUGGUCAUUGAUAGCCGUAAGGACAUGGAUCGGAUCAAGGGCCCCUGGAGCCCCGAAGAGGACGACGCCUUGCAGAAGCUGGUGGAAAAGCACGGACCUAGGAAUUGGUCGCUGAUCAGCAAGUCGAUUCCAGGUCGGUCCGGCAAGUCUUGUCGGCUCAGAUGGUGUAAUCAGCUCUGUCCUCAGGUGGAGCACCGACCCUUCUCGCCGGAAGAGGAUGAGACUAUCAUGCGGGCUCAUGCCCGAUUCGGCAAUAAAUGGGCAACCAUAGCCCGGCUUCUAUCGGGUCGAACCGAUAACGCCAUCAAGAACCACUGGAACUCCACCUUGAAGCGCAAGUGCGCGUCCAUGAUGAUGGACGAAUCCGCCGCUGGGGCCGGUGGAUUCGAUGGCAGUUUCAGCCCCCAGCCACUGAAGAGAUCGGUGAGUGCCGGAGCUGCUAUGCCGGUGUCGAACGGGUUUUUCGGAAACCAGCAGACGCCGGGUAGCCCCUCCGGAUCCGACGUCAGUGAUUCCAGUGUGCCAGUAGCUUCUUCUUCCCAUGUUUACCGGCCUGUGGCGAGAACCGGCGGAGUUCUACCUCCCGUAGAAACGACGUCGUCAUCGAAUGAACCUACUACUUCAUUAUCCCUAUCACCUCCUGGAGUCGACUCUUCAGAAGUCUCGAAUCGUGCUUCAGAGUCAACACAUGCUGCAUCUCUAGCGAAUACUGUGCGUUUGUUACCGGCAAUGGUCUCAGCCGCGGUGUCGUCCGCAGCUCCGCUGCUGCCUCCCGCAGGCGCAGCGAUGUCGGUGCAGCAGCAGGUUCAUUUAGGCCUGAGCGAUCGGAGGAGCGGUGACGGCUUGUCAUCGGCGGCGAACCCUAAUGGGGCGGCACCAUUCAAUUUCAGCGCAGAGUUACUAGCUGUUAUGCAGGAGAUGAUAAAGACGGAGGUGAGGAGUUAUAUGGCGGGACUAGAAAAGAGGCAGCUCAUGGAUUUGCGAACGCUGCAGUGAAGCGUGUUGGGAUUAGCAAGCUCCUUUCGUAAAUAUGAGAGUAGAAGACGAGAGAGAAUGGAGUUCGGGAACGAUAAAAAGUUUUAUCCUUUCUCUGUUUUAAAUUCGUAGGCAAAUAAUUUUGCUUGAUGUACAGAGACAGAACUCGCGCUCAUGAGAGAGGCACUGUGAUGCCUAGAAGUGGGAAAACGGAAGAGAUGGAUGGAGUUGACAAGGCCAAAAAAAAAAAAAACGGAAGAAAAUUUUCAUGGGCGAAAUGUAAAAUCCCGGUAGGGCUCUUGUUCUGUUCUUCAAGCUUGAGGGAAAAAGAAGGAAGCAGUAGUAUGAAAACUAUCUCCAAAAUCUAGAUGAAGUUCAUGUGUUUCCUUAUUUGCACUUGCACGGGCGGGUUAAUUCAGUUUU